AUGGAGGCUUUCUACUCUUUUCUCUUGACACCGCACUUCGAGUUCAAUCUUCCUACCUCGCAGACGACCAUCGCUCUCCAGCAUCAUCUCUUCAAGCCACAUCACAACAUUCCCUUACACUACACCAUCAUCAACAUGCCUCCCAAGGCCGCCGCGGAAAAGGCCGGCAAGGUCUUCACUGCCGAUGUCGUCGCCGCUGUCCUCUGCAGCACUGGCACCACCAGCCUGUCCAACAAGAACUAUGAGAUGAUGAGCGCGCUCGACGGUGUCAAGACUGCAAGCGGAUUUCAGCAUGAUUUCCGUUCCGUACUCGCCAAGGCCAAAGAGCUCAAAGCGCGCCUCGAGUCCGGCGAGGAGUUCGAGCCGGUUCCGCCUGGUAGCAAGCGUGGUCAGACUACCCCAGCGACCUCCAAGGCAACCCCUAAGAAGAGAAAGGACAUGUCUUCCGGCUCCGAGGACACUACACCGUCUAAGAAGAAGACGGCGACUCCCAAGUCCCGUGGCAAGAAGGCUCAAACGGUGGAGGACACCAUGGAAGAGGACUUCCCCGAUGACGCUGAGGAGUUCAUCAAGAGAGAGAAGAAGUGGGAGGAGGAUAUCUUCACCUGA